AUGGAGGGAGGCAAAUAUGAAUAUCUGCAUCAACCGUUUUGGUCAAAUUUCCUUUUCUACGAAUAUUUUCAUUCAAAAGCUUGCGGCUUUCCUGUAGGAGCUGAGCUGCAUGGCACAGUCUACGCUGAAGUUAUGCCUCCUUCGGCGGAGGGAACACUCGCAGAAAUCAAAAUCCAGUUGGGAGAUAUGGCACACACUUUCAAGAACUCUAAAGUUUGCUAA